UUGACCAUCACCACCACGACCCUCGACACCGCCAUCGCCGCGCGUGGCAUCAGCUCACCCAAUCCUUCCGCCGUCACCCCCCCAACGCCGCUGCCAGUCUCUCCGCCCAGCAUGUCGAAAGCCGACGUCGUGCGCGCCGACGCGCGGCGCUUCCUCGACGAGCGCGGCUCCUCGGCCUCGCUCGCCCCCAACGGCCUCAACCCCGCCACCAUCAUGGAAAAGGCCGUCAAGGACCGCGUCGUCGACUCCUACUUCUACAAGGAGCAGUGCUUCGCGCUCAACGAGGCCGACAUCGUCGACCGCGUCGUCGAGCACGUCUCCUUCAUCGGCGGCACCCACGGCGCCAGCCAGAAGCCCAGCCCCUUCCUCUGCCUCGCCUUCAAGCUGCUCGAGCUGGGCCCCGGCGACGACAUCCUCCGCGAGUACCUGGCCUUUGGCGGCGACGAGUUCAAGUACCUGCGCGCCCUGGCCUGCUUCUACGUGCGCCUCACGCGCCAGGCCCCGGACGUCUACCGGACUCUCGAGCCGUACCUCGAGGAUCGCCGCAAGCUGCGCCGCAAGGGUCGCAACGGCACGCGCCUGUCCCACGUGGACGAGUUUGUCGACGAGCUGCUCGUCGGUGAUAGGGUCUGCGCCACAAGCCUAUGGAAGAUGCCCAAGCGUGACGUCCUCGAGGACCUGGAGAUUUUGGAGCCGCGCGUGAGCCCGCUGGGUGACCUGGAAGACCUGCUAGAGGAAGACGAUGAUAACGACGAAGGGGAUGAGCAAGAGGGAAGCGACAGGCGAAACGGCGACGACGCGGGGUCGGAGGAAGGCGAGGAAAGAGAGACGGAUGUGGAUGGACGGGGAAGCCCGAGGAGUGGCAAUCGGAGUCGCAGCCGCUCGAGGUCUCCGUGAGAAGCAUACUCGUCCCCCUGAUAUGCGCUUGCGAACUCUUUCGGGGUGCAAAAGCGUGUUGGCCAAUCGAUUCGCGCCGCGUAUGGAACCCGUCAUGAUGCUGCUGGGGGGCCGUAUAACGAUCACCAGCUUGGGCCCCUGCAACGGUUGCGCCGGGAUCCAUGAUGCGACUACCCAGACAAAACCUGGAGGACUAGUCAACGCAGCUUUGCGCCGCAGCUUUGCCUUGCGGCCCCGAAUGAACCAACGCCGCCACGUACGCGAACUGCUUGCGAUGCGACCCAAUGGCUACUACCGCGACGGGGGUGACCAUCACGAGUGGACAACGCGGUAGACCUAACGCCGAUGAUCGAAGAGCAGCAGGCUCAAUGACGGCAAGUCGGAGCCUAGGGAGCACAAACCCCUGGGGGACCGGCACAAGGCGCUCUCUGUCCCAGGCGCGGAACUGCCCACCCCUUGGGGUUCAAACCUGUGUCUGGAGUCGCCAGCAAAUCAUGUCAUCACACGGUCGAGCACCUCGCGCAGGGCCGCCGUAGUGCCGACUCAAGGCUGCAGAAAUGCAGCAAUCUGCGCUGCAGUCUGGAAGUUGUCAUGUAGCUACUAUAUUAGAUCAGAAGCCACAACAUCAAGACCAGAGUGCACGUGCAAGAACCAAUGCGGGCCGGCUUCCUGAAUGCGUG